AUGGUGAACCCCAAGGAGGAAACUCACCUUGAGGACGUCCUACCUAGGGGCGCCCGCGGGGGAGAUGUAGAGAAUGUACUGAAGGAAUUUUUCGCGACACACAUUCCGCUAAGUGUCCAAAUGGCGGAACUGCAAAAGAGGGGGAAUAACGAAGGAGCCCUAAAAAUGAUGAAAAAUAAUAUGAACAAAUUGAUAGACGAAUGCUUCUUUGUAUUGCACAGUAUUAUCAGCUGUGCGUUGAGGGGCGUUUUAAAGAUCGAGACGAUUGAAGAAGCACACAGGUACCAUUUGAUCUACGUGUGGUUCAUUCCUGUGUGUGAAGUGGGAAGGAGGAGAAAAGGGGCAACCACCUACUGUGAAGGUACAACUGGGGCAGACUUAGGUGAAGAGGGGGGGAAAGACUCAGGAGGAACGAUGGUUACCGUGGUGGAAAGACUCUUCCCAUUGGGAGGGGUCUACCUAAGUGAGUGGAUCAUAACGGGAGUUAACAAAGCGUUGAGCAUGAUGCUUUGUGGUAGCCGUGGCGGUGGUCACCAGGUGUCCCUCGAAAAUUGGUCAUUCGUCCUCGAUUUGAUCAAAUUUGUCUAUGCCGAGGGGGAUAUCCUAUCCAAGUAUCUACACGGAGGGGUGGUACGCCAAGCAGAGAAUACACCACUGCCUCACAGUGGGACCCACAUGGAAAAGCACAACACUAACGUAGAGACAAUUAAACAAAGGGAAAACAGCAUCGACACAGCAUUGGAAAAGUACCAUGAAGAUAUCCACAACAUUAUUAAGGCCUAUUUUAGCCUCCCAUUUAUCCUAUUUAAGUGUAUAACCGAUAUAGGGGUAAAAAAAGGAGACGACGAAAGGAGGAAGCUGUACAUUUAUCAGCACAUUAUUCCAAACGAAUUGAAUGAAGAAGGAUUUUCUAAACAUGCUGUGAAGACUUGUGUCUUUUAUUGGUUGCAUGGAGAUGAAGCUACAGUGAAUUAUGAAAAGAUGGCUCUGUUAACGAAGCGAGUGGUGAACUGCUAUUUGGUGAAUCCCUUUUGUCAGACACUCCUUGCGGGGCUUCUACGGGUCCGUGGGAGCGGCAAGGUGGCUGACUUGCGGGAGAGCUCAGAGGACGCAUCCACGUUAACCCGAAUGAACCACCUCCUGCAGAACCUCUUUUAUUACCUGCACCUGUACUGCCAUGGGGAAUCCGUCGGAGAAAAGCUACUCACCAGCUUAAUCGAAAAUAUGAGUCCCUUUAUCAAGGUCGUUCAAAAUGAGCAGAAACUCUCCUUAUGUUUAUUUAACCGAAGGGUGAAGGACCUUCUGUGUGUACUUAUCAAAGUUUCCUUUUUGUAUAAAUGGGAUUUCUACAUUUUAGAAAAAUUCUUCAGCAUUUUCUCACGUAACUGUUUGCCGCUCAGUUUUUCCCUCACCUUCAUUGAGCUCAUAGCCGAUUUGGUGGGGCCCAAUUGGACAGCCUCCAGCUUACCCUUCGCAAACUUCACACGUGAGAAGGAAAUGAUUCAUUCCAGUGAGGUGAUUCGCGAGAGAAGAAGUUACCACAUUAUUGCUCGGCAAGUGAAGGGGGAAGAAAAUCAAAGCACGGAUAGGUGCGCUACAAAUUGCACGUCGGAUGAACGGAACACUGUCAGAAUAAUGGCGUUCGAUUUUUUGCAAGAAAUGUUUUUCUUCGUCUUGGGACAGUUCUCCCCCGAUUCUGAACACAAAGCUUCUUCCACUUUUGUCCCUAUCAUUUUAAGCAAAUUACUCUACACCUUUAGCAUGCACAUGAAUUUAUUAAAUAAGAAGCUUGUUGACAGUUCGUACAAUUUUGGCGCACUUUCCGAGGUGGAGUUACACAUAUACAAAUUUCAUUUCCACCACAGUGCAAAGCUAUUUGAAAGGGUCACUACAAUGGUGCGUGAGUUGUUUAAGCGCAAGGAUGAAGUGUCUUUGGUCGCCGGGCAAAUACUGGCUGACCAUUUCAGGCUCUACGUUGAUGGGGUAUCCUACAAGGCGGAAAGGAAGCGUUCGCCGACCGACGUAGAAAUGGAAAAUUGUGAAGAUUCCAUGAAGGGAGGUAGUCUCUUCCCUAAUUUGCAACAACCAGAAGAGAGCUUCCCAGAAGAACUGAGGUGUUUCAAGGUUAUUAAGCAGAGUGGGUUUGUCUACUUGGAGGACCUCAUCUACACCAGCGACCCGGAGCUGGGCGGGCAGGUUGAAAAAUGGGGUGUCAAAAUGGAUGAAAAAUCCGGUGACGAAUUAAUUGACAAAUUGGGUGAUGAAUUGAAUGACGAAUUGAAUGACGAAUUGAAUGACGAAGUGGACGCUGUAGUGGCCACCCUGCGGGAACCACCCCCUGAGGAAGGGAAGAAAAAAAGAGAAGACGAUAUGCUUAUUAAAAACGCAGAUUCGUUAAUAGACAACGAACUGUACGAUAUGGAUGAGAAGCAGUUCCUAGUGGAGCUAGAAUUGGAAAACGAAUUCUACCUCAACAUGGAUCGGAACAAGAAUAUGUAUACAGACCCACCGGAAGAUCUAUUCGAAUGUCUGCACAGAAUGAAAAACAGAGCAAAUUAUAUCGAAAGAAAUGAGCAAGAUAUAAAUUACGACCCUUUGAAAUUAAAUGAUAAGAAGGAGACGUAUGAUGAGGAAAAUUUUCGCAUAAGUCAGGCAGUGGCCUCCUUGCCCAGGUUUAUUAGGAAGGGAGAUGUGUUAACCUAUUUAUGUGUAGAGUUAUAUGAAGCGUUACUUUCGCUAAACCAUUCGAGUUGUCUUCUUCCAGAAGGGAAGUGUUCCUUCGCCACGAUUAAGCUAUUCAACAUGAUCCUUCUUACCAUCAAUGCGCCAAUGGAGAUAUGUAAUUUUGUUUUUAAAAAUAUUUACUCGAAUAUGUAUUCGAGUGUACAGAAGAUGGUGAUGCUCUUGUGUCUGCAGUUGUGCGUGCUAUUCCUUUCGGGGCGAGCUACUCUGCGUGAAGUGUUUCAGAGCGUGCGGGAAGUUACGGCGCAGAUGGGGCUGAGUGAAAAGGGUAACCGAUGCAUGGAUCACCAAACCGACUUAGGAAACGUGUCUGAUAAAUUUUACCAUCUGAUUGAAAAUUUUCCAGAAAGAGGAAGUUCCCCAAGUGGUGAUGACAACGCUGCUAAGUCUGAUGGUACCCAUAACCGUGAUGAUGUCGCUGUCCAUGUCGCUUCCGAACAGGUGGGGGGAAAACGCGUCUUCGUUACUAACGGAGCGAAUGGAGAAGAAGAGGAACCACUUCCAAGUGGAAGCACAGGAUGGGAAAGAAACACCCUCUUGUUGCACAAGCCAAAUAAGGACAGACAUGAAAGAAGCAAAAUUUGUAACCUCCGAGAAAAAAAAAGUAAUAACGCUCUGCUUGAAAGGAAGGAGGCCUCCAAAAUCAGCCUCCAAAAUAGUGGGAAAAAAACCAAGUCGAUGACCACCCUUUGUAGCUUCUUCUUCGCUAGUGCAUACACAAAACUGCUAAACGUAAACAUAAAAAAGGAAGCGAUCAGCAUAGAAUAUGAUGAAUACAAGUUGAAAAAAUAUUAUUCAAAUGACGCAUCCCUUGUCUUAUCCUUAAUCUCAACGUACAUGGUAUUUUUCACCAACUCAUGCAACUGCAAUUUGUAUAUAGACGAUAUUUUGACGGAUGGAUUUACAUUAGCAAAUUUUUACAUAAGAAACAAACAUUUCCUCGUUCGAAGAGUAAGUUUUAAGUUAUUAUUUCAUAUGAUUAAUUUUAUUUUAAAAAAAAAAAAGUUUUAUUUGUUGGAGCAUGCAAAUUACAUGGACGUGAUUAAUUACAUGUCGGAAAAUGUCCUCUUUGAUCAGGACGGUCCAUCCGUACAACUGAUGCAGUGCAUCUUAGGUUUUCACGAAGCGCUUGCGGGGGUACUCCAAGGAAGCAAAAAUGGCCACACGUAA